CCGAACACCAGUGGAAAAACCUCUCAAACUUCUUUCUUUCUUCUUCUGUUCCUCUUAACUCCGCGUCUUAAGGUAUUUAUACUAGUGAUUAUGAAAAUAGCGCCCCCUUCAUUUCCGGAAUGCAAUAGUCCCAUUUCCAAAUAAGGUAUGGGACUGACGGAAAGGUCCGUCCCCGCCCCAUUCUGUUUGCUGCAGCGAGGUCCUUCUCUUGUUAGACGGUGGUUUGAAGAAGAGUUUGAGUUUAAGCUAAAUAUUUCCGUGUUUUCAGUGAAAAUGUCUUCAGUUCCGCCUCAGAGAGAGUUUAUCAACGAGCAGGUAACUCCUGCUGGAGAAACAUUCACAGAGUGGAAAGAAAUCAACGUUAAGAUGGAGGAAGAGAUGGAGGAUCAGCGCAGACUGAUGGAUUUUACCCGGAUACCGCAGAUCAUCUUACACCGGAUUGAUCUCUCACAGUGCUGGGUGUGUAAAGAGGAGGAGGUUCUCAAUGAAUUCAGCAACCAGGAGACUAAGUCCACUUCAGAUAUAGAAGAACCAGUACAUCAAGAGUCCAAAGAGGAAGAGAAGCAAUUCUGCAUCAGUCAGGAUGAAGAGCAUCUUGUGCUGAAACAGGAGACUGAUGACAUUUUGGUGAAUCCUCUUAAUGUGCAAAGAAUCCACAAUGAAACAGAACCACAGAGGAACCAACUCAUCUCUCAUGGCUCUGCUGAGGAUGAGAACCAGGAUCAGGAAGGAAGCAAUUCUGAAGACCCAGGAAAAGAGAGAAAGGAAGAACAGAAACAAAAGGAGAGAUUUGAGAAAAUCAAAGAGCAGAAAGGCAGAACUGACACUGAAAAGCAAAAAAAGCACAAGAAAGCUCACGCAGAGCAAAAAUUAUAUUCUUGUAAAAUUUGUGAUAAAACAUUUUCUGGAAACCGUAACUUGAUGAGACACAUGAAAACUCACACAGGAGAAAAACCUUUCACUUGUUCAAUCUGUGGAAAACGUUUCACACAAAAAGGACAUUUAACUCAGCACAUGAGAAUUCACACAGGUGAGAAGCCUUUCUCCUGUGGAACCUGUGGAAAAAGUUUCAGACAACAAAAUGGUUUAAUUUAUCACAUGAGAAUUCACACAGGUGAGACGCCUUUCACAUGUGGGAACUGUGGAAAAAGCUUCUCUCGAAAAGCUCAAUUAAAUAAUCACAUGAUAAUUCACACUGGUGAGAAGCCUUUCUCAUGUGGGAGCUGUGGAAAAAGUUUCAACGAUAAAGGCCAAUUAAAUGUACAUAUGAGAAUUCACACAGGUGAGAAGCCUUUUUCCUGUGGGACCUGUGGAAAAUGUUUUACCCAUAAAUACACUUUGAAUGUUCAUAUGAGAAUUCACACAGGUGAGAAGCCUUUCUGCUGUGGGACUUGUGGAAAGAGUUUCACCCAAAAGGGCAGUUUAGAUGUUCACAUGAGAAUUCACAGAGGUGAGAAGCCUUUCUGCUGUGGGACUUGUGGAAAGAGUUUCACCCAAAAGGGCAGUUUAGAUGUUCACAUGAGAAUUCACAGAGGUGAGAAGCCUUUCUGCUGUGGGACUUGUGGAAAGAGUUUCACCCAAAAGUGCAGUUUAGAUGUUCACAUGAGAAUUCACAGAGGUGAGAAGCCUUUCUCCUGUGGAACCUGUGGAAAAGGUUUCUCUAUAAAAAGUAAUUUAAAAGUUCAGGUGAAAAUUCACACUGGUGAGAAGCCUUUCUCUUGUGGGGCUUGUGGAAAGAGUUACAGUGAUAGAGGGACGUUAACUCAGCACAUGAGAAUUCACACAGGUGAGAAGCCUUUCUCUUGUGGGGCUUGUGGAAAGAGUUACAGUGAUAGAGGGACGUUAACUCAGCACAUGAUAAUUCACACAGGUGACAAGCCUUUCUCCUGUGGAACAUGUGGAAAAAGUUUCUCUCGAAAAGAUAUAUUAAAUGUUCAUGUGAAAAUUCACACUGGUGAGAAGCCUUUCUCUUGUGGGACUUGUGGAAAGAGUUUCACCCUUAAGGGCAAUUUAGAUGUUCACAUGAGAGUUCACACAGGUGAGAAGCCUUUCUCCUGUGGAUCCUGUGGAAAAAGUUUCUCUAAAAAAGUUCAUUUAAAUGUUCACAUGAGAAUUCACACAGGUGAGAAGCCUUUCUCUUGUGGUACUUGUGGAAAAAGUUUCUCUCGAAAAGAUAUAUUAAAUAAUCAUAUGAAAAUUCACACAAGUGAGAAACCCUUCUCUUGUGGGACAUGUGGAAAAAGUUUCGCCUUGAAAGCAACUUUACAUAGUCAUAUGAGAAUUCACACAGGUGAGAAGCCUUUCUCUUGUGGAACAUGUGGAAAAAGUUUCUCUCGAAAAGAUAUAUUAAAUAAUCAUAUGAAAAUUCACACAAGUGAGAAACCUUUCUCUUGUGGGACAUGUGGAAAAUGUUUCACCUUGAAAACAACUUUACAUAGUCAUAUGAGAAUUCACACAGGUGAGAAGCCUUUCUCUUGUGGAACCUGUGGAAAAGGUUACAGUGACAGAAGGACUUUAAUUCAGCACAUGAGAAUUCACACAGGUGAGAAGCCUUUCUCUUGUGGGACCUGUGGAAAAAGUUUCACCUGGAAAACAACUUUAAAUAAUCAUAUGAGAAUUCACACAGGUGAGAAGCCUUUCUCUUGUGGAACCUGUGGAAAAGGUUACAGGGACAGAAGGACUUUAACUCAGCACAUGAGAAUUCACACAGGAGAGAAGCCUUUCUCAUGUGGGAACUGUGGGAACGUUUACAGGGACAGAAGAACUUUAACUCGGCACAUGAGUAUUCACACCUGUGGAAAAAGUUUCAGGAUGAAAAGACAAUUACUUAAACACAUGAAGAUUCAUGUGGGUGCGAAACAGUGAUGUGCGGUGAGGUUCAUAGCUGGUGAGGCACUGCCUUAUGAUGUAUAAAUACAGACAUCAUGCAUGUUAUUGUUUACGUACAGACAUCUUGCGCAUGCAUACAACGCUGGAGGGCAAAAAGACAAUUCUUUUACAUGUCUUCCAUAGCUGAAUUAACUAGAUGUAACUUAGAAAUGUAGGUAUUAUGGGUUGUUGUUAUGUUGCUGUACAGUGUUUUAAGAUCUUGUUCAAUGUGCCCCUUUUUAACUUUGAACCCCUGCCCCUUCAAAGGUUUCUACAUGGCCCUGUUCACAUGUAAGGUAAGAUUUAUUAUUUUUACCCCCUAGCUUGGUUGUCCCCAGAGUGCUAAUGUUGUUAGCAGCUAACUUAGUGUUGAGUCCUGGACAGGAAAUAGGUUUAUUCAGUGGGACUUCCAUGCUAGAAAAAAAGCUGAAUAAAUUAAAUAUAACCUACCCAGCCAUACAGUCUUUUCCUGACCCCCAUCAGAAUUUCUUGCAGCAUCCGAGUCACAUGUCUGAAGCCCAGAAAUUGAACGCUGUGAUGUUUGUUUGAAAGGAAGAAAACUCAAAUAUUAUUGAGAUUACUGAGAUCUCAAUCAAAAUCACAUUUUGAUUGAGAGCUAACAGCAGAGAGAUUUUUAUUUUCCCAAAUGUUUGUUCCUCAGAAGUCAUUGUUAAAAUUCUGCUGUGAAAAUGUGUUUGUACAUGCUCUACACAACCAGGUUCAUAACAGUAUAUUGGUAUUUUAUACAGCUGCAAAAGGACUUUUGUUUCUUAGCAUUCAGGAGCUUCAGUUAAACACUUUUUGUUCCUUUGGGAGGCUUCACAGUGUUUUCCUCUGUUAUUUUAUAUUUCUAACAUAUGUUCUUUGUAUGUUUUUAAAUGAGUGAUUAAUAACAUCUCUUUGCUCAGGUACAUGUAUGAUGAUACAAGCAAAAUAAUCACUUUGUCUUUGUGGCUUUAAUUAAAGUUAUCUGUCUUCUUCUUA